UGUUGAAAUCCAUGUGGUACUAGCAGACAGCUUGUCAGUGACAGUUCGGUUCAUGGGGCUGACGGAAUAGUGACAGCGAACUACUCAAUGUAAACAUGGGAUUUUACCUAUAAUACUUUCUGUUACACAACCACAAAACAGCCAUGCCUGAGGAAGGGGUGAAGGUUGCGGUGCGGGUCCGGCCCUUCAACCAAAGGGAGAAGGAUCGCAAGGCCAAUCUUAUGAUAAAAAUGUCAGGUCAAAUGACCUCAAUAGCCAACCCAGAAACCCCAAAUGAAGAGCCAAAAAAGUUUUCAUUUGAUUAUUCCUACUGGUCCCAUGAUGGAAUGGUGGAGACCGCUGAGGGUGUGUUGCAGGCCACACCUGGAUCAAGCUAUGCCAGUCAGCGUGAAGUGUUCGAAGAUCUUGGUCAGGGCGUGCUUGACAAUGCAUUCGAAGGCUACAAUUGUUCAUUGUUCGCCUAUGGCCAGACAGGCUCCGGAAAGUCCUACUCCAUGGUCGGAUAUGGUGCGAAUCGGGGCAUUGUACCUAUUACCUGUGAUGAGUUAUUUAAAACCAUGGCAACAAAUGCAGAUGCAAAUAAGAGGUUUGAGGUGACGUUUUCCAUGUUGGAGAUUUACAAUGAACAGGUGCGGGAUCUCUUGUCUCGUGAAAAUCCAAAGGGAGGGCUUCAGGUCCGACAAAACCCCAAACUAGGCUAUUUCUACGUGGAAGGCCUAAAGAAAGUCCCUGUAGGCAGCUAUGCAGAAAUUGAAAAGAGAAUGGACCAAGGUACGGCCAGUCGUACGGUUGCCUCCACAAACAUGAAUGCCACAAGUAGUCGUGCUCACACCGUCGUCUCCAUCACAUUCGAUCAAAUCAUUAAGAGCGAGGUGGGCUCGGAAACCAAGAAAAGCAGUGUAAUGAACCUCGUUGAUUUGGCCGGGUCUGAGCGAGCAGAUAGCACAGGAGCAACAGGUGACCGACUCAAGGAGGGUGCCAACAUCAACAAAUCUUUGUCUGCACUGGGUAACGUUAUAUCAGCAUUAGCAGACCUAUCCACGGGCUCCAAGAAGAAAAUUGUGGUCCCUUACAGAGAUUCUGUACUCACAAAGCUGCUACAGAAUGCCCUGGGUGGUAACAGUAAAACGAUAAUGAUAGCUGCAUUGUCCCCGGCUGACAUAAAUUAUGACGAGACGUUGUCAACGCUACGCUACGCAGAUCGGGCAAAGAAGAUCAAGAACAAGGCGGUCAUCAAUGAGAACCCUAUGGACAAAAUUAUCAGAGAACUCAAGGAGGAGAAUGACCGGUUAAAGAAGGCUAUGGAGUCUGGUGGGAUGAUUGAAGGAUCAGCGGGGAUGAGUCCAGAAGAGCUGACACGAAUGAAGAAAGAGAUGGAGGAAGAGAUCCGCUCCCAGCUAAUGGCUAACCAGGCCAUGCUGAUGGAGAAUGAUUCUAAGGAAGACUGGGACGCCAAGUUAAGAGCUGCUCAGUCGGAAACAGAUGAAUUGAAGGGUGCAGUGUCCCAAAACAAACGGAGAUCCCAGGAACCCUACCUGAUCAACCUGAACGAGGACCCGAUGUUGUCAGGUGUCAUCUGUCACUUCCUCGACACAGAAAAGACAACAGUCGGCCGAAAGGAUGCCCAGCCCCUACCGGAUGUGUGCCUCAGUGGUCUGAGUAUUCAAAAACUACAUGCAGUAAUAACUAACAAAAAUGGUAACAUUGAAAUUAAACCCGCUCCAGGGAGUGCUUCGAAAACCAAGGUGAACGGCCUUCCCCUCAACGACACAAAGGUGCUCUCCCAUAAGGACAGAAUUUUGUUUGGGUCUAACCAUAUGUAUGUCAUAAUGAACCCAAAACGGACAGACACGGCUGACAAAAACUUACCCAACGUCAUCGACUGGGAAUUCGCUCAGAAGGAAAUCGCUGAAAUAAAGGGAUUUGCUACACAUUCCUUGGGCCUGACAAAAGAUCAGCUGAUUGCUCAGGAGCAGGUUCUGGAACUGCUGCCCAUGGUGUCCGAGGUAAAUGCAGUGUCUGAAGAGCUGGACAAGAGAAAAACCUUUGAGGUUGUGUUAAUAUCGGCCGCGGCACAAGAAGGAGUUGCGUCAGUAACGGCGGCGGGACAGGAAGGAGUUGAUGUCAAUUCCAGCAAUGGGACAAGAUAUGAUGAAGGAUCGGCCGUGAGGGUUAUGGUGAAAAUGACCAACUUGCUCAAUAGUAAUACCUGGCUAUGGCAGCGUGGUAAAUUCCUCAACAGAAGAUAUCUCAUACAGGAUCUGUACCAGCGGUUCCUGGACGGAGAUGAUCUAUCCAAGGUUUCCAAGGAAGAGGAUCCUUUCUGGGAGCCUCCUGAGGAAGUUCUCAUAGGAACAGCCAAUGCAUUCCUCCAGUCCCUGUCCUACGCCCUGGACUUUGAGGAUCAGCUCAUGAUCACGGACUACAAAGGCCAGGAGGAGGGAACUCUAGAUGUUACCGUGGCACCGUGUGAUGCCAAGGGGAAAACGUCUGACGAUGAAACCUUCGUGGAGAAUCCGAACGAACUGCUCAACAAACCUUUUUAUUUCAAGGUGUUUGUGAGAAAAGCUGAAAUUAACAAAUCCAGAUUUUCAAAAGGAGUUCGUGUGCAAUUUUCCAUGCCAUUUUCAAACAAGAAGGAGCCAGAAAACGUGCAAACACCGAUUAUUAAAAACUCAUUAAGUCCUGAAUUCAACUUUUCAAAGGUUUUGUCUGUGAACAAAGUGCAGAAAAAACAUUUAGAUUUCUUUGAACUUGGGUCUUUGACUUUCUAUGUGUAUGGUUUACAAGAGGAUACUCUACCCGAACCCAACCUGUCCAAACUAACGACAAAGGAAUUAAGGCAAAGAAACAAUAUGAAAGAGAACGCUGACACGGGGGUACGCAGAAAGACAUUGUUUGGUAACGACAUCGCCUCAGACCAGUCCCACCUGAAGGCCGAGGUUGUGUUAUUACAGCGGAAACAUGAAAGACUUGUACAGAAGGAAAGACGCAUUCAGGAAAUCUGUAAGGAGUGGGAAAAGAAACAGGAGGCAGAGCGACAGUUUGAACCAUUCUACCGGGCCGUGUCAGCGGCCGCGUUCAGCACAGGGACAAGGCUCAAGACACGAGUUCAGAUGCUCAACCAGAUGUUACGGUUACAAAAAGCAACUAGAAAGGAUGAAUCUAGCGUUCCCUCGCAAUUAAACUCCCCCGUGGUGCCCCCCAUCCUUCGGGCAGGUGCUGCUCCAGGCAGUAUAUCUCGGCAGAAAACCAUGGAUCCCUCCAUCGAAAACAACAAAGUAAACAGCAGCAAACAGGUUCAUAUCAAUGACGAUGACACAGUCAGUUUGUUUGUGUUCGGAGAGGAGGAGACUGAACUCGCUACUGAAGCUGAGAAAAAUGCAGGCGUGGUUCCCUAUUGCAAAGUGGCUAAGCAUCACUAUGCAGACUUACCUCUGCAUAGCGGAAAAUCUUACCUUACAAACAACAAGCCCACAGGAGGGGGACAGAAGCGGCCUACGUCUGCGGGAGGUAAUCGAAGUGACGGUAGCAAGGCUUGUGUCAUCCAAUAGGAAGCCAGCUUACAAACAACUCAAGAGCUUACUUCAUUAUGAGAACUGCUGAUUUCAAAGAUGAUUGGAUGACUGGGGAAAGAGAAUUGUCCAAUAGAAAUCCAGAUGUUAUGUAAACAAUGAUAUGUAUUGAGAUGAUGGGGGGAAAAUUGUCACGUAAAAAAAAGUAGAAAUGUUAAUCAUAAGUGAUCAAACAAAUGUAAAACUUUUACUGUACAUGUACAUGGUAUUAUGAAAUUUUCAUUGUGAAGAAAAUUUUGAAGAAAACAUUUUUGUUUGGCAUACAUUGCUGUGUAACAUCAAACUUUCAGCGUCUUUACAUAUUCACUGUGUCUUUAUCUCAUGAUUUAUAGACAAAUACUUCGUACAGUUCUGUUCUGGUGAACUUUGACACAUGAGGACCCCAAAAAUACAUGUUAUCCUGGGCUGUAUAAUAGUACAUAUGUACUUAAUUACCUCAUGAAUAUUAUGUUAUUAUUUAUUGAUAUUUUCAUUCCCCUCACAGGGUGGAGGGUGCAAUUAAAUGAUUUAUUUUCUCGUCCAUAAUCAUCCGUCCAUACUACAUCUUGGUUAUUCUUAGCAAUUAGUUCCUAGAUUAUAUAUUUCCAGAAGUAUAUUCUCCUAUCAUCAAGCUUCAUCUUGAAGAGUAUUGCACAAGUAUUUUAAAAGUAGGUCGGUGUGACCUAUAUUUUUUGCUUCACUGACUUUGGGUAGAGUGUUUCCAUUUAGCUCCAUUUCUUUGGUUAGAAUAUUAAUUGUGUUUAAUGAAGGGAUGGACAAAAUGGAUUCUUCAGAUUGUAAGGUAUCAGAGUUUGCAAUAAGCGUGUUAACUUUGUAGUUAUAAAAAUAUUUUAUAUUAUUGUCCCUGUUUAAGAGAUUAACCUUGGAAAAGGUGAAAAUAAAUGCAUAAACUGUAAUUGAAAAGCGGAGAAAUUUGUAGUUCAUUGGUUGCCACUCUUCUCUAUAUUUAAUAAUUCACCAGAGUUGUUCAGAAUCAUGUCUGACACAGAAUUUUGAGCACAGUCAGAUCCCGUGUUAUAAGGUCAAGGUUUUUUUAGUUUGUUUAUUAUCUUGAGUAAUACGUUUUGUUUAAAAUGUAUAAAUUCAUGCAUUUAUUUGACUAUGUAUAUAACAGACGACUUGUAAUAAAUCACUUACUUAAUAGAUUGACAGAUUAAAGUGCUGACAAUCAAAGACCUAUUUAUAAAAUAAACAUAUAUUAGCAAUAGAUUUAAUUCAAAUAUAAGAUACAAUUUUUAUACUUGUAAUAAUGUAGACAAUUGUUUUUAUUGUUUGGGAGUUUUCAGCUCGAGAAAAACCAUUACAAUGUCUCACUAUAAAAGUUAGUGAAGAGUCAAAACAAAUAUAAAAUACGUUACAGUAUUUUACCUCUAAUAAGCCCAGGAUGUCUAGUCCUGUGGUUGUUUUACUUUUUAUGAUAAACUGACCAAUCAGAGAGCUGCAUUUACUUUGAUAAGUAAUACAAAUAAACAAAUCCUUUUGAUGUAAGUGUGACAGGUCUUCUACAUAAUUUCAAAGUAUAGAUAGAAAAUGUGUACUAACAGGUAUCUCUUUGAAUGUUUGGUUUAUACAGGUUUUCAAAUUACACAGGUUCUGCUUACAAUAGAAAUGUAUACCACCAGACCUCUUUGAAUGUCUGGUUCAUACAGGUUUUCAGAUUACACAGGUUUAGUUUACCCAGACAUCUGUUCCACUGGACCUCCAUGAAGGUUGUUUUAUACAGGUUUUCAUAUUUCACCAAAGUUUGGUAUAGACAAGAUACUUUGUGUAGAGGUACUAUAAAAAUUGUUACUCUGUAGUAUUUACAAAUAUUCACAGAGGAUUCCGUCCAGAUAUUUGUGUAUUUUCAUCCAUUAUAUGGGCGCCAUAGCGACACAUACACACAUUCAUUGUUAGACAUCAAUAUCUUCACUACAGCCGUUACCUAUUUUGUUGAUGCAAUAAUAUGAUUUCAUGUUAUGACUGAAAAUUUGCAAUAUUUCUAUGGGUUUUUUUCUCUCAAAGAGAACGUAAAAUGAACACUUACAAUAUCAAUACUCAUGUUGCAAGCAUGGAUAUACAAAUACCAUAACUGUCUUGUAUGCACCUUCCCGUAUCCUUUAUAUGCCCUAGUAAGUUACUCUAAACUGUAAAUCUAUCUCUGAUUGCACAAAAGAUCAACCUAGUAUAACUAGUAUAGUUUUCUUCUGAUAACAUUACGCUUGUAUAAAACAUCUCAACUCUUGAAAUUUCCUCAAGUCUCAGAUUUUCAAUAGGCAAUACAUUGCUGGGAGAUUAAUAGUAAAAUUCCAUGUAACACUGAAUCGUUACAAACAUAUAUCUGAACUGUAGGAUAAAAAUCAACUUAAAAUUGGUAUAUAGGAGAAAGGAUUGAGUAAUUCCAACAGUGUAGACAAUAUAAGGUCAACAUUUUUAGAGCAGCCCCCUUCUUUAUCAAUUAAGACACACAUUUUUUACCCCAAGUUAAACUCUCCGUCCAUCCUAGUUUAGUUAACACAAGUUAUCUAAUUUUUGCUUUUUAUAUAAAAACAUUGUACAUACAUUUAAAUAGUGUACAAAUAUAAUGUACAUUGUACGUGAAAGUCUGCAGGUACAGACUACACAAAAUAUAUGUACAUUUUGUAAAUGACCUAAUUUUACUAAUUGAAAUUAGACUUUAUUCUUUUUAUGAUUUGGCAAGAUCUGAUUUGCACUUUUAAAUAUAAACUGUCAUCUGUGACUGGCAAGGUGCAAUUGUUGAUGUCCCUGUAGGGUUACACAUACAGAUAUGUAUUGGUGUAAGGUUAUACAUGUAAUACACGUACAUGUACCGGAACACUCGAGCCAGGCCAAUCCUUCCCUGUCAGAUAAAAUGCUCCAGGAUUUGGUUUGUUAAUAUUCUAAAAUUGAAGAGUACUAUAAUUGCUGUAGAAAUAUGUACUUCAAUAAAGGUUGCGUGUUUGGAUCGUGAAUUUAGAAGCCCGUGUAAACAGCUUAAAUACACCGGUACUUUAUUAUAAUGGUAUAAGUUAUAGAAUAUAAAAAUAGCUAUAAAAUUGUGGAAGAAAUAAAAGUUGACAACCAAAAGAUAACACAAAAUGUGUAAAAUGAUCUUGAUUUUUUUCUUUUUUUUCUUAUAUUUUUUAAGAUAUUUAAUUCAGCGAUUUGUGGGGAAAAUUCUGUUAUUUUUUCCAGCUGUUUUACUCACGGUUGUAUGCACUUGAUAGUAAAAUGUCCAAUUUUUUCUUCGUAUCGAUUCCAAUGUGAUGUAUAUAAACCUGAUGCUGUGAUAACUCAUUGGAAUGACUUAGAUAUGUACAGUACAAUAUCCUCACUGAUAACACUGAUCGAGAGCUAUAGGUUUUGUACCAGACGUUUUGUAAUAUACAUUAUACACUAUCAAAGACGAUCAAGUUCAUAGUAUAUGUUUGUAUUUGUUAAUGCACCCAAAAAUGAUGUUGACUGCUGCAGUAUGAAGUAUAACAGAAUCUGACAAUAAAGUAUAAUUUAUCUAG